AUGCCUCUCGCACAAUCCUCGCUACAGAGCCUCGCAUUGCUCGCGUUAGCUUGCUCACCCCUCGCCCAGGCAGCAUCCGGAUUCACUAUCCGCUACUAUGCUCAGGAUAAUCCCUCUUGCAACACCAACAGCGGCACACGCCCAUCCCUCGCGUGCAAGAAUAUCGGCCAAGCCAUCUGCUGUGAAGAGCCUCCUGCAUCAUCCGUCUUCAAGUACGCCCAAGGCUUGAGUGCUGGACCGGCAGGUACCCUCAACCUCCACGAACUUCUCGCGGGUGGCGAGUGGGGUGGCUGCAAGAAUACGUACGCCAUCAACGAUUGUGUCUACAAUAGCCCAUUCCGCACGGCUACGAUCUUGGGAAUCGGUAGUGUCUGCCAGGUCAUUGGUUCUGCAGACCCUGGUGCUGGCAAGCGUGACGUUGAGAAGAUGCCAGAGGUCAACGGCACCGAGACGGCAACUUCGAAGGGUUGUUCGAAGCAUAAUGUUGUUGGUAUUGGGGGCAAGGACUACAGACUGGAAGGGCAAACUGUCAACGAGGGGUUUGUUAAGGACUUGAUGGAGAUGGCCAGCGAGAAAUUUGUGGAGAAAUACGGUCUUAAAGAGUGGCAGGACGCCGUGGAGAACGUCGCUGAGGAGUUCAAGUGA